CAUCACCCCUCAGCUAAGCAAAUCUAUUAAACCAACAGUGGAUGCAGUCAUUUCCGAUGAAUGGCUAUACGGAAAUCACUUAAAGGACAAAGUCAAGGAUGCAAAGGAGAUAGAAAAAGCAUGUGCCCAAAUAAAAGAGAAGACUCAACCAAAAGCGCCUCUGAAAGCUCGAGUGCAGGGAAACUGGAAAAACCCUCCUGCCAGUCAACAGCAGGUGGGUUAUCGCCCAAAAUCACGUUUCCUCCAGUUCAAGAGGAAGAACCCCUACCAGAGCUCAACGCAGAAGUUUGCCAAAACGACGAGUCAUCAGACGACGAGCCAAUCGUCGUCCAAGAAAUAGGCCAGAGACCAAACUCACCCGCUGGCAUCCCACCUUUCAUUGGUGGCAGGAAAAUUAUCUGGUCAGCGUAUCAAAGGAAAGGAGUGCCAGAAAACGCGCUGGAAGUAAUGGUCAAUUCCAUUUCGGAAUCAACACUCAAACAGUACAACUGCAGCUUGAAAGCGUGGUGGACUUACGCCCAUUCACAAAAACUAGAUAUUUACCAGCCGAGUACAUCUGAUAUUAUAAGCUUUUUGAACAGUAGACUAACUGAAGGGGCAAAGUACAGUACCUUAAAUACUUCACAUGCAGCGGUGUCUCUAAUUGCAAUUCAUGAUGUUAAUGAAGAUGGGUUAAUUUCUCGUUUUAUGAAGGGUGUAUUUAAGAAAAACCCGACUGCACCAAAAUAUACCACGACUUGGGAUGUCUCUCCGGUUUUAUCCGCCCUUGAAAAAAUGCACCCUCUCAAGGGCCUUAAGUUAAAAGAUGCAGCAGAAAAAGUAGCAACCCUGUUAGCCUUAACGACUGCACAGAGACUGCAAACUCUGUCAGCAAUAAAUAUUGAAAACAUUUCUAUCCAAAGUUCAACUAUUAGUAUCAAAAUAACGGAAAGACUAAAAACAUCAAAACCAGGCUCCUUUCAGCCUGAUUUAAUUCUACCAUUUUUCUUAAGUAAGCCGGGCCUGUGUGUGGCAUCUGCAGUUUUGGAAUAUAUUCAUAUAACCGAAGACUUACGUAGUCCUACUGAUAAGAGAUUAUUCAUUUCAACUAAAAAACCCUUUAAAGAGGUAUGCGCGCAAACUGUCGGUCACUGGAUAAAAAAUUUUUUACUCAAAGCUGGCGUUGAUGUAGAUAAGUUUACAGCUUACAGCACCAGACACGCCGCAGUAUCUGCCGCCCAUCAACGUGGUGUGGACAUUUCGGUUAUCAGACGUACUGCUGGAUGGUCUGAAAACUCUGAUAUGUUUUUUAAAUUUUACAACAGACCUAUCCAACCGCCUAACGACCAGUUUGCUCGUGCGAUUAUUAAUUAAGUUAUAUUCUUCAUAUUUC